AUGGAUCUGAAGAUUCGUAUAUUUUUCUUGCUAACUGUUCUGGGCAUUGCAGUCUAUCAUGUUCAAGGUAAGGACCGAAUAUUUCUCAGAUGUUUAUAUUAAUUUGGUCACUCUGAUUAUGUGAAAACCUACCUCAUGCUACUUCCGCAGAUUCCGAGAAUUAGAUCAGGUGACAUACUUCCUUUUUUAACCCUUGUACCGUAUUUUUAACCAGAUCCUCCUAGUUGGACCAUUUUUCCUCUAUUAAGCUAUGGCAAUGGCUGAAAAUGAGAUUUACAACUUCAUUAGGGCCACAGUUUGCUGCUACUUGAGUGUAAAAAAGCUGCAUUUCAUUUUUGACGCAUGCGCAUAUAAGCUAUUUGUUUUGCGAAUCUAUUUCGAUCUUUCGUCUUUUUCCUUUUGCUUUUUUAAUUUAAAAAUAUCAAGUUUUUUGUUCUCUUAAUCGUCUGUCUUUCCUCUGGACUUUUGGCUGGCUUUCUAAGAAAAGGAGACAUUUUAUCCUGAAACAGUGGUAGGUGAAUACAGGAGCCCAUAACCAGGGCUCCUGGUGAAUAGCAAAAUUGGCAGUAGUUUUUCUCCCAAAAUGUGUUUAACGUUGGCAAAAUUGGUUAGAGUUUUCGAUCUGUGCAAAGAUUUAUCCUUCUUGAAUUCGCUGCUUGCCAAUUAUCACUUAAACUGGAAGCUUAAAAGUUCAGGAAUGCAUAAUCUUCAUCGGCGUUCCAUGUGGAACGAAAUUGACCCAAUCCGUCGUCAAGGGGUUAAUCUUUCUACCGUCACUAGCUCUAUUAUUCUUUGCAUUCAUACAUUUCAAGAAACGGAUUAGGGAUUAAGGAGUGGGGUGACGUGUGGGUAUUUUUCUCUGCAUAUAUUUUUACCUCAAGCACUCCUUCGACAACGAGCAUCAUAAUUUCUUCUUCCGUUCAAAAAGAUUGUUAAUUCCAAGAUUAAAACUUACAAUGCUCGCUCCCCAGUCGCGUUCAAGUUCCUAUCGAGUUCGAGUUCCAAACACAAAUCACAUGAUAUAAGAUGACGUAAUUCAAGUAAUUUGUGUAACGCAACGCAAACGUAUUACCCCUUCAUGUAAUAAGCCCCUCAAAAUAUAAGCCCCCCAAACUCGUAACGCAAAAAACCCUCCGAUAAAUCGCCCCUUCAAAAUAAAACCAAGCGAAAACUAUACAGUAACAAUAAAUUUAAUCAUUUGCUAAAGAACUAUUACGUGUGCCAAAUUAUUGCAGUCAAACAUUACUGUUUACGUAGUUCACUCUUCAGUCUUGGAGUGGAUUUCCUCGGUCUGUAUAGACGAAGCACUUGCAUGGCUGAGUUUUAGAAAGAUUUACGUCUUCAAGGCGAGUUUCAGUAAAAACUUGCUGCAAAUUACUGACAUAAAUUUCCUUCCAACUAUAAGCUAGACCAAUGAAUUUUGAAACGCAAAUUUCCCUCCUUAUAUAAGCCCCACCCUUCGAAUGUAGGCCACGCAAAAAAAAAAGCCCCUCAAAAAAGGCCUUUGAAAAAUAUAAGCCCUGGGCUCGUGUUCGGAAUAUUACUGCAUCCUUAUAUUAAAAAUAGAAUUAACAUAAUAUAAUUCUUCUAACUUUUCGUGGAAAAGGGGCGCAUCAAUGGCUUUAUGGGUAUGGAACACGAAUUUCCGUUUGGAAUGUUCCGUGUGGAAAACCAGGACUACCUUUUAAGAUGUUCAUUUGCUCCCGGACACCCAGAAAGUCGUGUUCCAUUUAUUUUUCAUCCGGAAUUUCCAGAAAACUUUUUUAAAAUGAAAAUUAAACAACCUUCAAUUUAGAUAAAAAUAUUGUUUGUUGUUUACACAGUACGCUUUAUUUGUUUGGUUUGGUUUGGUUUGGUUGAAUUAAUUUUUUUUUUCAGCUAACAAAAUGUGUGACUGGCCCCGUGGUACUUGUACGUAUAUCUAUGAUCCCUGCCCACCAAACUGGGAACGCUGCCCUCAGUACGAUUACGACUGCCCCGUAAAAACCAACCAUUGCUGCUGCCGCAAGAGAAUUCGUAAGUUUUUCCAAAGGGGUCACAUCUUUUGUACAUUUACUCCCGGAAUUUACUGCAUUUAAAAUGAAGGUGAUUGCCAGACGAAGUUUGAUAGCCUACGCCGUAGCAGGCGCUUGGAAGUAGUGGGCGAAAGAGAGAACAGGCGCCCGCGAGGGAGACACGCGGUGAGAGACCGCAAGGGACUUGUGUAAUAUUAGAUAUACCAUCUAAAGACAACUUAGUACAAUGAUAUUUUUCAAAGUUUAAUGUAUGGAAUAACUAAUGAUUACAAAUUAUAAAAUAAGACAUGACAACAAGCAGCAAUGUAGAAGAUAUAUAUCAUCAGAUCAACACAAGUGCUUCAAAAACUGUGUUGCAACAGCUUUUUAUUUCUAUCACCUGUUGUUACUUAAGUUUCACCUGCUAGUUACUGGACUGAACUCAAAUUCUCUAGAAGCAAUCAUUCAAAAUCGAUCUCGAUAGUGACCAUCAUUUAAAAUCUACCAAGUGGCGCCUCAUGUGAGGCAUGUAGCAGUUGCAGAUUAAGUUUGACUUGAAUAGUCAAAUCAUAUUUUUAUAUUUAUAAAUGAUUAGGUUGGCUCUACGUUCAAGACACACAAAUUUGAAUUCGGACAGAACAACAAUGGCGUAGACCAUAAUGACGAGCGCCCAAAAUCAGUAUUAAAUAACUCCUGCUCGUUUACUAAUAUUACAGAAUUAAUUUAUUAUAGUUAUUUAAUUCUUUAUCUAUUUAUAUCUUUUUAUAUUAUGUUGUUUCAAGAUUAUUUUUUGUCUAUUUUGAUUUUGUAAGCCUCUCCUGAUACUCCGCCGCCGAAGCCGCCGCCGAAGCCGCAGCCAAACGUGUGUGACUGGCCGCGUGGAACUUGUACGUAUAUAUACGAUCCCUGUCCACCAGACUGGGAACGCUGCCCUCAGUAUGACAGUGGAUGUAAACUUGCUACAAAUCACUGCUGUUGCCGCAAGAGACGGCCAAGUAAGUUACUGACACACGCAAAAAAUAUAUUUCCUCCCUUAAUUAAAGCAAAAUUUUUCAAACAUUGCAAUCUGAUUGGCUAUCAGCAGACGUAAUUUCAGAUUUCAGCAUUGAUGGACAUUGUGAUGUCAUGCCCAAGAAAUUUAACAGAACGCCCAAUCGCCUGAAUUGAAUUGGGUCUUUUUUUUCCUUUUGUUUGUUUGUUUUAUCGCGUCUAACAAAAACUGUUUGAAGAUCGUGUUUUUCUGGCGUUGAAAAAGUUGAAAUUAUCAACAAUUUUGUUUUAGUUAUGAUUAACUGGUAACAAAACUUCGAAUCGUUCAAUUCGCUCUGCAGUCAUACUCGUGAUUAAACAAAUCCGACUCCUCCUUAAGGUGGUCUUCCUAUGUUACUACGCUUUUCAUAAACACACGAAUUCUAAAGUUCAAAAGGCAACCUACGUUUGCGUUUUUCGCUGCCGUGAAUCAUCUUAGAGGACCUCAUAGGAAACAGAACCUUAACUUCAACGGGUUUAAAAAGUCAUGGUUUGUGAUUUGUGAUUGGGGGAUUUCGAUCGGUUUUGUGUGUUUCUGUGUUUCAAGUUUCGUUGCUUGUGAUCGUAAUUAUGAUUGACGGCAGUGAAAAACGUAAUUGUGACGGCGGCUUUUAAACUUCAGAGUUCGCGUGUUUUUGAAAAGCGCAGUAAUUUGUUUAACCACUCGACAUAUGAUUAUGUACCGAAUUGGAUUCCACCCAGUCAUCUUACCGCUGUAAACAAAAAGAAUAAAAGAAUUUAUAUAAUAUUUAAAUAGGGGGAAGGGGAACGACUUAAGCUUGGACGGAAUACAAAGAAAAACAUGGUUAGCAAAGAGUUUGGGAGUAAACACUGAGUUUUCACCCAGUUACACAACUUUUUUUGGUGAUCCAUUCAGCUGAAAUUAAAAGCAAGUAUCAUCAGUUAUCUUUUCGUAUUAUGAUUAGGGACUCAAGCGGUUUCCUCCAAAAGAAGUUCGAACUGAACUUUAAAGUUAACGCAGUUUUUGCAGUUACAGCCAUGGUAACACAUUUACUUACGUUUCGAGUUGAAGGCCAAAAAUAAAUACAUAUUUUGGGGACCAAAAGCAAAUUUGUAUUUUGAAGGUGACUGGUAUCCAUCAGUCUCGUUUUCAUGUACUUAUGGUAUGAUUUGUUCCCAUUUAUUAUUAUUGUUAUUAUUAUUAUUAUUAUUAUUAUUAUUAUCAUUUUUAUUUUUAUUACAACUGAAACCGGUAAAAGUAAAUUAUAAUUAUUUUACUCUAUAUAAAGCUUCGAGUUUAAACCUUAAAAUAAUUUGAUCAAAAAGGGUUAGCUUUCUCGUCUUUCUCCGGUGCCGCAUAUUUAUACAACGAAGUCACGUAUCGAGGUUGUCCGCUAUAGUGAGAAGUGAUUCCAUUUGCUUUUAAUCGCUUUUUUUGAUAUACAAAUCAUGUCCAGUGACAUACAAAUCAUGUCAAAGAGAAAGUAAAAUCAACUAUUACAGCUGAUUCUUAAGUCGCAGCGAAUCUCUUACUGAAAAGAAAUAAUAACAGCCUGCGAACCACAAGCUGAAACUUGGCAACGCUGCCCUCAGUACGAUUACGAACUGCCCCGUAAAAACCAACCAACCAACCGUAAGUUUUUCCAAAGAGGUCACCUCUUUUGUACAUUUACUCCCGGGAUUUACUGCAUUUAAAAUGAAGGUGAUUGCCAGACGAAGCUUGAACGUGCUCCAAAUGAACAUCGAUUUCCAGAAUAAAAUAUGCUGACGCAAUGAAUAUACCAACGGCUGUACCAACUUAGGUCACAGGGAACCCCAACUCUGUUUAGCUAUAUACAGUAAUAUCAUAAUCACCUUUUGUUAUUUGUGUUCCUGAGUCAAAUUAUGUGUCACUUUGGAAGGGAUUUGAGUCAAGUUUCCAUUAUCAUUACGACAAACACUCCUGAGAAUUUGAUCUCGGUGAGAGACCGCAAGGUUACUUAAGUUUCACCGCUAGUUACUGGCGUGGACUGGGCUCAAAUUCUCUAGAAGCAAUCAUUCAAAAUCGAUCUCGAUAGUGACCAUCAUUUAAAAUCUACCAAGUGUCGCCUCAUGUGAGUCAUGUAGCAGUUGCAGAUUAAGUUUGACUUGAAUAGUCAAAUCAUAUUUUUAUAUUCAUAAAUGAUUAGGUUGGCUCUACGUUCAAGACACACAAAUUUAAAUUCGGACAGAACAACAAUGGCGUAGACCAUAAUGACGAGCGCCCAAAAUCAGUAUUAAAUAACUCCUGCUCGUUUACUAAUAUUACAGAAUUAAUUUAUUAUAGUUAUUUAAUUCUUUAUCUAUUUAUAUCUUUUUAUAUUAUGUUGUUUCAAGAUUUUUUGUUUGUAAAUUUUUUCUGUAAGUCACUCCUUAUACUCCGCCGCCGAAGACGAAGCCGAAGCCGCAGCCAAACGUGUGUGACUGGCCGCGUGGAACUUGUACGUAUAUAUACGAUCCCUGUCCACCAGACUGGGAACGGUGCCCUCAGUAUGACAGUGGAUGUAAAGUUGCUACAAAUCACUGCUGUUGCCGCAAGAGACGGCCAAGUAAGUUACUGACAAACACAAAAAAUAUGUUUUUUCUCUGCUGAUUGGCUAUCAGCACUCGUGAUUUCAGAUUUCAGCUUUGAUGGACAUUGUGAUGUCAUGCCUAAGGAAUUUAACGGAACGCGCCAUCGCCUGAAUUGAAUUGGCUCUUUUUUUUUCCCUUUCAUUUGUUUGUUUGAAGAUCGUUUUUUUUAGCGUUGAAAAAGUUAAAAUUAUUAACAAUUUUGUUUUAGUUAUGAUUAUUUGGUAACAGAACUUCGAAUCGUUCAAUUCGCUCUGCAGUCAUACUCGUGAUUAAACAAAUCCGACUCCUCUUAGGUGGUCUUCCUAUGUUACUACGCUUUUCAUAAACACACGAAUUGUAAAGUUCAAAAGCUAACCUACGUUUGCGUUUUUCGCUGCCGCGAAUCAUCUUAGAGGACCUUUUAGGAAACAGAACCUAACUCCAACGGGUUCAAAAAGUCAUGGAUUGUGAUUGGUGAUUGAUGGAUUUCGAUCGGUUUUGUGUGUUUCUGUGUUUCAAGGUUUGUUGUAAGAGUUCGCGUGUUUUUGAAAAGCCUAGUAAUUUGUUUAAUCACUCGUAUGAUUAUAGACCGCUGUAAAUAAAAAGAAUAAAAGAAUUUAUGUAAUUUUUAAAUAGGGGGAGGGGGGACAACUUAAGCUUGGACCGAAUGCAAAGACGGAAAAACAUGGUUAAGAAAGAGUUUGGGAGUAAACAUUGAGUUUUCACCCAGUUACACAACUUUUUUUGGUGAUCCGUUCAGCUGAAAUUAAAAGCAAGUAUCAUCAGUUAUCUUUUCAUAUUAUGAUUAGGAACUCAAGCGGUUUCCUCCAAAAGAAGUUCGAACUGAACUUUAAAGUUAACGCAGUUUUUCCAGUUACAGCCAUGGUAACGUAUUUACUUACGCUUCGUGUUGAAGGCCAAAAAUGCAUAUUUCGGGGGCCAAAAGAAAAUUGAUAUUUUGAGGAAGACUGGUACCCAUCAGUCUCGUUUCCAUGUACUUAUGGCAUGAUUUGUCCCAUUUAUUAUUAAUAUUAUUAUUAUUAUUUUUAUUAUUAUUAUUAUUAUUAUUACAAGUGAAACCGGUAAAAGUAAUUUACAAUUAUUUUACACUAUAUAAAGCUUCGAGUUUAAACCUUAAAAUAAUUUGAUCAAAAAGGGUUAGGUUUUUCGUCUUUCUCCGGUGCCGCAUAUUUAUACGACGAAGUCACGUAUCGAGGUUCUCCGCUAUAGUGAGAAGUGAUUCCAUUUGCUUUUAAUCGGUCUUUUUAAUAUACAAAUCAUGUCCAUUGACCUACAAAUCAUUUUCUCGGAAAAUCGCACACGAUCACGUCAUUUCUAUGGUCUGUACUCAAAUCGACGAUAGCUCUCAACCAAUCUGCCCGUCAGAGACAUCACUCAGUGUAUAGAGCUAUAAUAGCGUCUUUUCCGCAAGGUGUCGUCAAAUGAAAAGUAUCUUCUUUCAUUAUUUAACUUUCACAGUUGGAGAUGCACCUUUGAAGUGUGACUGGCCUACAGGUGUUUGCAGCUACAACAAAGACCCCUGCCCACCGGGUACUGAACGUUGUUCCCAAAGAGAUAAGGGAUGUAAACUAGACACAAACUACUGUUGCUGCCGCACCAAUAAACAAACCGGUAAGUUGUUGAUUAGCAGGUAUUAAAGGAGAUGUGUCACAAAUUUAAACAAGGAACUCACCAAAUGAAAACAUUAAAAGAAGGCAUUAAUAAGGGUAGCAAAUUCAAAGGAAGACACGGAAGGACAAACUUAAAGAACAAUGAAAACGGAUUGAGAUUGUGAUAAUUUUUGAAAUCUUAUCAGCCUAAAAAUUUUUCAAAGCUCGUUUUAGUUGUUUGCAAAGUUUGGUAUGGGAAGUAUAUUUGUUGGACAUGAAAUUACAAAAUGUCGCUUGCAAGUAGUUCCUUUAUUUAUUUUAAAUUCCAUAACCCACAAGGAAGCGUAUUAAUUGCCAAUUUAAACAAAAUGAAUAAGAUAGCCGUGAAUCACUGGCUAGCAGCGAACAACUCCUCGAGCGCUGCCUAUAAGAUAGUUUACGAUUUCCUUUUUCUCGUAAGACACUGAUUACCUUCAUCACAAGAACCGCAACGAAGUUGCAUAUGUUUUUAUAUACCUCAAAAGUCCAUUAGUUUGGUUUAGAGAACAAGAACUACUGCUUCUAUACGGUAGUAGCAAAUUUGACAAUGAUAGCUUAGUCAAUUUUCGCUCUUCAAUCAGUCUCGAGAAAGUUUUACAGAUACUUACUAGAAUUUCAUGGGAGAAGAAAGGCUAGAAUGUUCUUUCAUUUCCUUUAUCUCUUUAGUCUUUGAAUAGAUUUUGGAAGCCUGACAAACCUGCUGCUUCUUCUUCAGGAACGAAUCCAGGGGGGGGAUGUAGGGGGCGCGCACACCCCUCCCCUACUUUGUGGUUUAUUGGUGUUGAAGUAAAACAUGGUAGUUCCUCAGUAAUGAACCCGCUCCUGCUAAAACUCCUGGAUCCGUCCCUGUUCUUCUACUUUUCCCUUUUCCAAGUGAAAACAUAGUGGCCAAUCUUGGUUCAUUUUGAGGAGAAUUCCCCUCAGUGUUUACGCUUGCUUAAUUUUUGAAAUCAACUUUUCAGUCAAAGAUGUGCCAAAGGUUAAGGUCCUGGCCAAGCCGUGUGACUGGCCAAACGGUACUUGCACAUAUACAGGAGAUCCCUGCCCGCCGACCUGGAAACGUUGUCCUGAACUCGAUGAUGGUUGCUCGCUAUCCACAAAUCACUGUUGCUGCCGCACAACAGCCCGUAAGUAAAACAGUACAGGCAUGUACAACUCAAGCCAAAUAGCAUAUUUUUAUAAUGAAUUCUUUUUGUGUGCUUGUUCAUUAUUUUGCUUCACGCAUGUCAGUCCGACAGCUAGUACCUUAUUCUUCAUACUAAUUAAGAAAGUGAAAUCGAAUGGUAUCUGAACUUCUGGAACAGGCUUAUGAUCGAGUAUCAUAGGUGACCAAUUACGCUCACAGUCAAGGGUAAUUUUUGACAAUGUUUAUCUUAUCGAUCGAGAACUCCACGCACUGCUAAGUUCAGCCGAUUUUCAAAAUUUUCCGACAAAAUACCUCGUGAUAGAAUUCUUCUUAGUGUGCCCCUUCGUGUGUUUAGGUUUUCUAAAGCGCCUUUUGAAGCCCUGGCAUCUUCAUUCAUAACAUUUUAAAUCCUUGACGCCAUCUUGGCACUGAGACCUAAAGGAACGUUGCCAUCACGACAAUUUAGUGAUACUCAACCUCGUCCUUGAGUGAUACUUUACUGAAAUUGACGCUGUAAUAUCAUAGGUGACGAAUUACUCCUUAAUUCUGGAGCGAAAUUUCAGCGAUAAUUUGUAAUUUCACAUGUGAAAUUACAAAAUUGCCAUGGCAACCUUCCGUACGUCUUAGUGUCAAGAUGGCGACGGAGUUUUAAAAUGUCAUGAAUGAAGAUGCCAGGGCAUAUAAAGGCGCUUUAGAAAACCUGAACUCACCAAAGACCACAUCAAGAAGGAUUCUAACAGGUAUUUUGUAGGAAAAUUCUAAACUUGAGUCAAAUUUAAGCUCUAAACGUUCGAGAGAGUGGAGUUCUCGAUCGAUACGAUCCAGGAUAAACAUGUCAAAAACCCAAGAUUGCUAACGUAAUUCGUCACCAAUGAUAUUAAUAGGUAAUCAAAUGGUAUACUCGUGAAAUUAGGGAAUAAUUUCACUUGCGUUUUGUCCAAAUCCUAAUAAGGCUCGGGAAAUUAUAAGAAUUUGGACAAAACGCGCGUGAAAUUAUUCCCUAAAUUUCACUCGUCACCAUUUUAUUACACAUACAAAUUUGGCGCCAAAAUUAAGGAGUAAUUUGUUACCCAUGAUAUUACUGGAAUAAUUCUGCCCUUCAAAAUCUGGUAAAGGCAUCAAUGGUAAAAGUGAUAAUUUUAAACUCAUAAGUUCAUAAUUCUAAAAGAAGAUGAGUCUAUUGCAAGCCCGAAAAAUAUUAGGGGAUUCAACGGGACUCGAACCCAUGGCCUCUACGUGAGCGCUACAAAAGAGUUCUACCAACUGAGCUAUGAAGAGCCGUCCAUUUAGGAGCAGCCCAAAAUAUUGAGUAUUAACCCGCGAAAGGAAUGAAACUUUAUGUAUGCCUUACAGAAGGAACGAACUCUGUCCGGGCCAUCAAAGUACAUUUGAAAUUUGCACAUUGUUUCCGUUUUUGAUUGGCUGACACUCUAAUAUUAUUCAAAACUUUUGUUGUGAACGUGAGCUGUCACUGAGCUGUGAUAGAGUCAUUUCAUGUUCAGUGGCCCAGGUUAAGUUGGUUGCAGUCAACCUAGAACAGCUCACGUGGAUGCUUGAACUUAUUUUAACGUUUUUUUUUUAACUUUCAUAAAUUGGUGUUUAGUUCGUUUGUUAGCUUUAUUGUUUUAUUUAUUUUAUGUUAUUAUUUAAUUGUAAGUUAUUUCUUUAAACCUGUUGUAAUGCCCUUUGUAAUUUUGCACUUAUGUUGGUCGGUAAAUGUUGUUUAUCAUUUUUAUCAUUUCUAAUAUUAAACACUACUAGUAAUCAAUCAAUCCAUCAAACAAUACUGACGUCCAUUCUACGGUCGGUACGGAAUACUAAAGGCUCUCGUUGUACUUUUUUACAUAGAUGGCUAAAAGGUAUUGAACAGUUUUCACCACUAUCUGUCGGGUAAACGUCUCAAAGUCCUUUGAAACAAGGUCAAAUACCUGUGUUCGAAUUUAUCAGUGGAAAACCGGUGAUUGAUAUGACAUAAUCAUAUUUUUUUGGAAUAGCUCCUCCUGCUGGGAAGUGUGAUUGGCCACGUGGCACUUGCACCUACUAUAAGGAUCCCUGCCCACCAAACUGGGAGCGUUGUCCUGACUUCGACAUAGACUGUGAACUGAAAACUAACCACUGUUGCUGCCGCAAGUAAGAACGCGUUUUUACUAUAUAUUUAAUUCAUUUAUUUAGAUGCUUCCACCUAGUUAACUUAACAAUAAAUAAUAGAGAAAAAAAACUAGUAAGCGAGGGAGCAUCUAACGGACUCAAAACAUCCCGAGGAAGGUUACUUCCGAGUACCGUCCAUGGAAGUGCCUAGUUAGUUAAAAGCUUACCUUCCUGCGUAGCCUAGGACCAGGCUCCGCAUGUGGGAAAAAGGAGAAAAAAUCGGCUUUGGCGAAAAAAACAAAAUCGGCGAGCGAAGCGAGUCGAGAGGUAGUCUGGGGAGGGGAAAGGGUGGCGGGUACCGCUCGGCUCUCUUCGAUUGCCGUUUUUUUCCUAUUUGACUCCGUUUUUUGCCUUUUUCCCCCACUGCGGAGCCUGUUCCCAGGCUACUUCCUGAGUGAGAAACAAUGUAUGCCGUUGGGUAUAAACUCCAGCCAUGUGUAGUCUUUUUUAUUAUUACCCUCGAUCACAAAUACUUUAUUUCAGUACCCCUUUAUUCCAAACUCAAAACUUCUAAAAAUUUAUACAGAAAAAAAAGACCUAUUGGUAAAUAAUAUGUUGUAAAAUAUUGCAAGAUAAAUUGCAUCACGUGUCAGGACUUGGUCCAUAGAUUUCAUUUCCUGAGAAGAGGGGCGAGGGAAACUAAUUGGUCACUGAAUUUGGCUUUCAAGAUAUUUUGGGAAAAAAGUAUUUGUUCAGGCUAUUAUCUAAAGCUUUACUGCUGCCACGGGAACGGCUCAUACACCGCUUGAAUUAAAACUUAGUUAUUCCAGUAGGAGGCCAAAUUCAAGGCAGCAUUGCUCUGCCGAUCUUUAUUAAGCUUUAAGAUAACGCCAAUCAAUGAAAUGAAGCUUCGAUUAUCGAAUGAGAUUUGUAACGUGUGUUUUGGAUAUUAAUAGAUUUUUUUACUAUAUUUUAGGCAGUAAUUCAGGACGCUGAUGGUAUCCCCAAACGUGUGAUGCUACAAUUAGAGUAGAGAAAAUGAAGCAGUCCAAUGAAACCGGCAUUCUUUAUAAUACCAUAAAUCAGUCAUUUAAAAUCAGUUGAGUUAUUAUCAGCUAAUUUACCAACUAGGUCCUCGGUGGGGGUUUGUGUCACGCUUCUACGUGAGAGAAGAGACUGGGAAGAAGAGGAGGAAAUCAAUCUCAAUCACCAAGAGAAAAUAAAGGAAAGGAAAGCCAACCUCGUUCCCAGGGUCUCCCUGGGAACGAGGUUGAAGGAAAGCCACAUUCAGACAUGCGCCUUUUCUCGACGGUCACGCGUCCGAAGUUGUUGAUAUACACAAGUCCCAGGUGUCCAAAUCCUUAGAGAGUUCAAACGGGAUUUUAAAAUCUAGAUACCCCAUUGUCUCUUGGGACUUCUACUCUUUGGGACUUGAUCUAAAAAUAACUUUAGACCAAUCACCUUCGAAAAAAGCAUGUUUGGCGGCCAAACUCUCCUUCAUUUUCUCUUUCGGCUUUGAACAAGAUAGAAUAAUUUGAUGCGUAAAUGUUAAUGAUGCCGAAUACUUCUUUGUUAAAGGCUUCAAAUGCAGAAUAAAGGAUUUAAAGCAGGAAAUAGUGCCACGUUGUUUGAGUUACUAUAUACAUUUUGAAAUCACUGGUGCUGCAAUCUGAUUGGCUCUUAUAGCAGUGUGAUUCGUUAACAGACCACACUCUUUUUGCUCCUAAUCACGUCUGUUCUAAAUAGACCUUUCCAUGGUUUUUCAACUUUUGACAUGUAAAAGUUAGGGAACAUCCAUCGACACCACUGGAAAGUGCGCCUUAAAUUUAGUACAGUGAUAUACAUGUAUAAGGCCACAAAGUUGCGAAAAUUCAUAGACGUUUGUAUGGUGGGGGGCCAGUUUGUGCCCUCUACCAUACAAACGUCUUUAAAAUUUCGUGACUUUUAGCAGCUUUUAAUUCUCGUUAGUUUUCGAAAAAUCACUUUCAAACUCGGCAAUUUACUAAUUUUAAAGUGCGAUUCAAGAAAGUGUCAGAUAAAAUGGUUAUUUUUAAGCGUUCGAGGUGCAAUGCAAUGUAUAGUCACCACGAAAGUGAAAAUACUCUCUAUUUACUUACAGUAUAAAUAUGGGAUACGUUUUGCAAUAUUCAUUAGGCACAGCCUAGUCCCUAGGCGUUCUCUGCUCGGUCAAUCCUGGACUCUACCAUGAGCUGUGACGUCACCGAGAGACACACGCCGAGAACGCCAAGCCAAUACUGCCAGAUCAAAUAUGGCUGCCCUUUUGUCAGGUUACUGCAACUUCAGCCGAAAGUUGCUGAAAAUCCGUCACUUGAACAGGAAGAGUUUCUAUGUGCAUGCCACAGCGAAAAUUUAUUGGCUAGGCGUUCUCUCGCCCGCUCUUUCCUAGACUUCGCGCGGACAACGGGGCAGGAGAGAACGCCUAGGGACUAGGCUGGCCAUUAGGCAUCUAGUAUUUUUGACAUUCAUAAAAAAUGAGAUACAAGUCUUCAAUUGCCCCUAUCCCCUAGAUUUAAUAGAAGGGGUUCUACAUAACAGAUGAAGUUAAUUAAAGUAACGCCAUAAGUAUCUCCUUGAGUCGGAGCCUUGGAAAGUGAAAAGAGGUCGAAAGUAAAGCGAAGCACUUAUAAGAAGAGUCUUACGGGCUUUUAUAAGUAAGUAGGCGGUCCAAUCACGAUGAGCCCUAAAGAUGUUUGAAGACAUUCCCUCAUACCUAGUGGUUUUGCCUAUUUUCAAAGUAGUUAAGUAGCUUGAGUUGCUUUUCCUACCGAUUAGAACAAGCUACAGUCAAACCUGAAUUAAGCGGCCCUGUAUUAAGCGGUAACUCUCUAUUAAGCGGUCACCUGUCAACUGAGUCCCGGAAAUCGCUUCCCUUACUUACUAUAAACUUGACCUCCAUUAAACGGCCACCUCUAUUAAGCGGACGCGGUCACCCUUUCUAAGGUCCCAAAAUGCUGAUAAUUGUUUUGACCCAUAUUAAACGGUCACUUUGUUUACCAAAAAUAAAUUCUAGGA